AUGGGUGACCAGUGCACUCUGCGUCUCGUCCGAGAGUUGAGACAGGUUGAACGGAGUGAGCAACUUGCAUUCACUGUCCGUUAUGAAGAAAGCAACAUUCGUGAUAUACAGGCCCUCAUCAUUGGGCCUCCAGGCACACCAUACGAACUGGGUUUUUAUGAGUUCUCGAUCAAAAUCCCAUCAGAUUACCCAGCAAAUCCCCCGAUAGUGAAAAUCCGAACCACCAACAAGGGUAGAACUCGUUUUGGCCCUAAUCUGUACGCCAAUGGGAAGGUCUGCUUGUCAAUCCUAGGUACUUGGCAUGGUUCUCGAGGUGAGCAAUGGUCGCCUGCACAGGGACUUGAAUCCGUUAUGCUCUCAAUUCAGAGUCUGCUAUCAUCAAACCCGUAUACACUGGAACCAGGGUUCGAGGAUGACGAAAGGGCAAACGACACGGAAAAUAUGGAGAUCUACAAAUCCAAGAUCCGUCAUGAAAAUCUAAGGCUAGCAGUCAUUACACCCCUUGAACAAGCCUUCCGAGAUUCGUCCCCUCCCCGCCGCAUGGCGCCAAGGGUCGGUCAGGACUUGAGCGCGGAAGAAGAUAGCGAUAUCGAAUGCGGACCCGAACAUGGACUGCUCACUCAAAGCAAGUUUCACGACUUUUGCAAGCGACGCUUCCUGUGGUACCUCGAAUUCUACCAGAACGCGGUCGAGAAAGGUAUCGCGGACGAGACACGGAGACAAGGAAUGCCAUUCAUCCAAAUGCCGUUUGAAGGCCCUGGUAAUUCCAUGACUGGAGAAUGGAACUACAUCGACUUACAAGCCCGUUUGUUGGCUGUUCGAGACCGAUUGAUGGAAGAGACACACCGCUGGCCCGUUGAGGGUCUGGUUCUCGUCAAGGAAGAUGCUGGGAUUGCAGUCAAAUUGAGGGGUCAGCAUGAGCAGAUUGCUGCGGAGAUGAACGCUUAUCCCCAAGUCAUCGAUUUGUCACUUGUUGACAGCAAUCCUUUCAUGUGGAGGCUCACAUACGUUGGUCGCAACGAGUCCAGACUAGAAGGUGGUAUCAUCAAGAUCAAGAUUUACAUCAGUCCCCGACACCCAGAAGAACAACCUCGAGUCUUUGUCGAGUCGCCCUUGUAUCACAUUUGUGUCUCGAAGCUGGGUGUGUUGAUGUAUCUUCCUUCGCAUGCUGAAGAGAUCGGCCAACACAUUGAGGGUAUCAUCAAUACCCUGGAAGACGACAACCCCCCAUUCAACCCCCUUAUGACAGUGAAUCCAGAGGCAACCGCUCUGUGCUGGGGCUCAGAAAUAGAUCGCAGGCUCUACAGGCGCAAGCUUCGAGCAUCUCUGGAGGAGUCCUGA